GUCGAAUCUGGGCAAGGAGAAAACCAUGGUUAACACGCGAUCAGAAGAGAGAAUGGAAGCUUACGAUCAGGAAAUGUUGCUGAUAAAGAAAGAAGUGAGUAAAAUUCCAGCGAUCGAAGAAAGCUUAACAGCGAUCAGUCAUCAAACUGAAAAGACGCAUCAAAUGCUGAUGAUACUCAUGGAUUCCAUUGCGAAAGAACGGACGACAACCAGUGAGAAGUUGGCAGACUACGGCGCACAAGAAACUGGAGGCAGAAAAAGUAAUGAAGGAGAGAGUUCGACAAGUAGGAGAGGUGAGAACGAAACAAAGGAGAGGAGGACUGAGGACGAAGAGGGUGCGAAUGAGAGAGACAAAUUCAAGAAGGUCGAAAUGCCAGUAUUCAAUGGCGAGGAUCCGGAUUCGUGGUUGUUCCGCGCCGACCGGUACUUCCAAAUUCACAAACUGAGUGAUGCAGAGAAGGUUUUGGUGGCGACCAUCAGUUUUGAAGGUCCAGCGUUAAACUGGUACCGAGCACAAGAAGAACGCGAUAAGUUUACAGGAUGGCACAAUCUUAAGGAGAGAUUGCUGGUGCGGUUUCGAUCGUCGAGAGAAGGAUCCAUUUGUGGGCAAUUCUUAAGGAUUAAACAGCAGACCACAGUGGAGGAAUAUCGCAAUGAGUUUGAUAGGUUGAUGGCACCACUUGCCGACCUGCAAGAUCGUGUGGUAGAGGAGACGUUUAUGAAUGGACUGUUCCCGUGGAUCAAAGCUGAGGUAGUUUUUUGUAAACCGGUUGGUUUGGCCGAGAUGAUGCACGCAGCUCAACUCGUGGAGAACCGGGAGAUCAUUCGCAAGGAGGCGAACCUAAACGGCUAUGCCAAGGGUAAAUACCCCCCUCCAAACUCUUCAAUCAUCAGGAGUAGUGCAGCGAUGAACCACAGUGAGGACAAAGGAAAUACCAUAUUUCCAAUACGGACGGUGACAUUAAGAACAGCGACUGGAGAAGUUAAGAAAGAAGGCCCGACGAAGAGACUACCCGAUGCAGAAUUUCAAGCCCGAAAAGAGAAGGGACUUUGCUUUCGCUGUAAUGAAAAGUACUUUCAUGGACACCGAUGUAAAGGAAGGGAGCAAAGGGAACUAAGAAUGUAUGUGGUGAAGGAGGAUGAGGAAUAUGAAAUUGUGGAGGAAGCGGAAUGGGAUGAGACAGAAUUGAACUGUGUCGAGAUAAAUCCAGAAGAUCAGGCUAUCGUUGAACUUUCCAUAAAUUCAGUGGUUGGGCUGACGAAUCCCGGAACGAUGAAGGUGAGAGGAAAGAUUAAGGAUAGAGAAGUAAUUAUCCUAAUAGAUUGUGGAGCAACCCAUAACUUCAUCUCGGACAAGGUGGUGCAGGAACUGAGUUUACCGACAAAGACUACUUCACACUAUGGAGUGAUUUUGGGCUCGUGUGCAGCUGUGAAGGGGAAAGGAAUUUGUGAAGGCAUCGAGCUAGAACUGGAGGGAUGGAAAGUGGAAGCAAACUUCUUACCACUUGAGUUGGGAGGAGUAGAUGGAGUACUAGAAAUGCAGUGGUUGUAUUCAUUGGGCGUGACGGAAGUGGAUUGGAAAAACUUGACCAUGACUUUUCUACACAAUGGGAAGAAGGUGAAAAUCAAAGGAGACCCCAGCUUAACCAAAGCCAUGGUUGGCCUCAAGAAUAUGAUUAAGUCAUGGAGGGAUUCUGACCAAGGAUUCUUAAUUGAGUGCAGAGCAAUGGAGACAAUGUAUGAGCCCCCAGAAGAUAAUGGAAUUGAGGAAGUACUAGCGGUGGACGAGGCAGUUUCAGAUGUCCUGAAGAAAUUCGAAGAUGUUUUUACAUGGCCGGAGACUCUACCUCCACGAAGAAGUAUUGAGCAUCAUAUCUAUUUGAAACAAGGAACUGACCCGGUAAAUGUGAGGCCGUAUCGCUAUGGAUACCAACAAAAGGCAGAGAUGGAGAGAUUGGUGGAAGAGAUGCUGAGUUCAGGGGUUAUUCGCCCAAGUAAUAGCCCAUAUUCCAGCCCGGUUCUGUUAGUACGGAAGAAGGAUGGAAGCUGGAGAUUCUGCGUAGAUUAUAGAGUCUUAAACAGCGUGACUAUACCCGAUAAGUUUCCCAUUCCAGUUAUUGAGGAGUUAUUCGACGAGUUGAAUGGAGCUAGAUGGUUUUCAAAGAUUGACUUGAAAGCUGGGUACCAUCAAAUUAGGAUGGCAAGUGGAGAUAUCGAAAAGACAGCAUUCCGUACACACGAAGGACAUUAUGAGUUCUUAGUCAUGCCCUUCGGAUUAACUAAUGCCCCCUCAACUUUCCAAUCUUUGAUGAACACGGUAUUUAAGCCAUAUCUAAGGAAGUUCAUAUUGGUGUUCUUCGAUGAUAUUUUGAUCUAUAGCAAAAACUUAGAGGUACAUCUCACGCAUCUUGGACUAGCACUGGAAAUCCUAAGAAGAAACGAACUCUAUGCUAAUCGAAAGAAGUGUAGCUUUGCACCAAGAACGCGUGGAUUACCUAGGCCACAUCAUAUCAGCUCAAGGAGUUGA